AUGGAUGAUUCAACCAGCUUAAGUAGUUUAAAUUCAGCUGAUUUUAUUUUAAUAAAUAAAGAACAACCUCAAUUGAAAGUUGUUGCUGGCAGUGAAAUUCUCGAUUUAGAAAAGAAUAUGGCAGAAAUAUUAAAUGAAACAUCUGACAACAAUAUUCUUAUGUCGGAAGCUAAUCUAGAUGAAAAAGUUUCUCAAACAUCAACUCAACAAACAACAGAAUCUCGACCUGAUUUGACGUCUAGUGUACUUUUCCAUGGGGUAACUUAUCUAGGAUCUGCUAGUGUCAAUGCACCUCGAUCUGAAGAAGAACUGCAAAGGAAUAUGGCAAUUUUAAAUGAACAAAGUAAAGUGGCUCUUGAAGUUACCCUAUGCGUUCCAGAUAGCGCCGGUGGUGUAGUUCGACUGCUUGAUCCUCAAAGUGAAAUUGAAAUUAUGUCAUAUCGUGUGUCACAAAUACUCUUCUGUGCUCGUGGUCCAUCUAACACUCCGUUAGCAUGCUGUUGGGCAUUUACUGCAUCACGUCCGUCAAUAAGCGUGAAUGAACAAAAUGAAAAAGGUUCUAUUGGAAAAAACCUAAACGAAAUUCUUUACCAAUGUCAAAUUUUUCGAUGUGAAAAUCAAGACGCAAUUUAUCGAAUUUUAUUGAGUUUUUCAAAUGCAUUUCGUCGAACAGCUGGAGCAACAAACAAUCAAUCAUCAAUCUCACAUCGUACAACAUCCUUCAUUAGUCAAGCAUUUCAAGGAACGAUGACUCAAUUACAACUACAAACAACAUUAAAUUUAAAUCAAUCAUCAAAUAGUCAACAAUCAUUUGAUGGAUCAAUUAAAUUUCGUUGUUAUUUUGAUAUUAAAGAAGAAAGUACGGAUAGUAAAGGAAAUGUUAUUUUAACUUCUGUAUCAAGACCAGAAAAAAAUGUAUUUAAUCUCCGAAAAAAUGUUCGCAAAAGUGUUACUGUCACUCUUCAACAAAUUCGUGGUUCUCCAUUAAAUAUUGAAAGAUGUUUCGGUUUACUUCUUGCUCAAGGACGUAAUGUUCGUGCGAGCGAUAUGCAAUUACUUGAUUUGGAAACCAUGGGAAAAUCAGAAGAUAAUCGGUACUAUAUCGUUAGAGGAUAUUGGAAUCCAUUGGCACGUUCUUUUAAACAUUUGACUUAUCUUAACGAAGAAACACCUAAAGGUGCUCGUAUAUUUCUAACGGUUGCAUUAGAUAUUGUCAUAAAUGGUAUUUCUGAACCUGUUCGAUUUCUAAUCGAAGCUAAAGCUCGUAUCAGUGAAUCAAAUAAAUCGAAUGAUGUUAAUUCUCAAGAUAUAAGUGAUACGAUUUGGUCAUCCUUUAAAAAAGUAACGCCAUUUACUGAAGAAUUCGAUAUGACUCUUAAACAGGUCUUAUCAAAAGGUUCUCAUCCAGAUGAAACAUAUGAAGUAGUAACUUUAGAAAGUAAAUCUGAAGCUGAAAGACGAGCAAAAUUUUGUCGAUUGACAUCAAGAAUUCCAUCAACUAAUACAGGUGAUGAUGAUGACAAUGAUGAUGUCAUUGUGAGCGGCUUUGGACAUGUUAGUAAAGAAUGUGAUGAAGAAGUUCUUAGCAAUUGGAGUGAAAUUUUAAUUAAAUGGAGAAAAAACUAUUUUGAACGCCCAAAAGGUUUACAAUUACUUGUACGAAAAGGUAUUCCCGAAGCAUUGCGUGGUGAAGUUUGGCAAUUAUUAGCUGGAAAUGUUAAUGAUGAAAAUGAAAUGAUUAAUACAUAUCGUUUAUUAUUAACAAAAGAAUCAGCAAGUGAAAGAAUAAUUAUUAAUGAUCUGAAUCGAACAUUUCCAGCUCAUGAAUACUUCAAAGAACAAGGAGGAAUUGGUCAAGAAGCUUUGUAUAAAUUAAGUCGAGCUUAUUCGGUGCGAGAUGAAGAAGUUGGUUAUUGUCAAGGUUUAUCAUUUGUUAUUGCAACUGUACUUAUUCAUAUGCCUGAAGAACAAGCAUUUAUGCUUUUAUGUAAAUUAAUGGAAGAUGAACGUUAUUUAUUACGUGAGAUGUACAAAGCAAAUUUUGAAAAUCUUCAAAUGAAAUUUUUUCAAUUAAAUUGUUUAAUCGAAGAGAAUCUACCUGAUAUUUAUGCACAUUUUUAUGAUCUUAAAGUCGAAUGUCAUAUGUUUGCUUCACAAUGGUUUUUAACAUUAUUUACAGCCAAAUUUCCACUUUAUUUAGUCUUUCGAAUCAUGGAUAUAUUUUUAUAUGAAGGUUUUAAUGCAAUAUUUGCCGUUGCUUUGGCAUUAUUAAAGUGCAAUCAAAAAGAUUUAUUAUCACUAGAUUUCGAAGGUGUUAUGAGAUAUUUUCGUGUAAGUUUACCAAAAAAAUAUCUCUGUGAAGAUCAUGCUGAUGAACUUAUUCAAACUGCUUCUUCGAUGAAGAUAAAUAUUAAAAAAUUAAAGCGAUAUGAACAAGAAUAUUCAAUUAAUCGUGCUGAAGAAGAACAAAAAGAAACACCAUUGCAACGUCUUGAGGCUGACAACAAACGGUUAACUGAAACAUGUAUGCGAUCAGAAUUUGAAAACGAAAUGCUUGCAUUGGAAUUAGUUAAUGACCGUAUUAAACUCAAAGGAAAUCUUCAUGAGGCAGAAGAUCAAAUAGAAAAUUUAACUCGAGAAUUAGAGGCAACAAAAGUUAUUGUUAGACAAAAUGAAGAUUUAGCCAUUCGAUUGAAUGAAGAAUUAGAACAUAUUCGAGAAGCUUUCAGAGAUACAUGUGAUGAACUUCAACGAACACAAAAAAUGCUUCAUGAUUCCAAACAAAUUUGUUCACAAUUAAAUAAUCAAAUUGAUGAACAAAAAGAAAAAUAUGUUCAAAAAAUGGAAUUUAUUCACAAUAAUUGUUGCGAAUCAUGUCAACCAUUAAUUUAUUCGUCUACAUUAAGUAAUGUUUCAACACCUGAACGCGAAACAACAAAUGAUAAUAAUGAAGAAGAUUUACCAUCAAUUAUUCCAUCAGCUAUUGUUGAUCGUUUAAAUCGUGUUGAAAUUGAAUUAGCAGAAAAAAAAUUAGCAUUAACAGAAGCAUUAUGCGAAAAUCAAGAAUUAAUUCGGCAACUUCGUCGAUCAACAAUAAGCGAUUCAGAUACAAUAUCUCUGUCAAGUGUUCAUUCUAAUAAUCAAAAUUCAACUGUUAGUUGGUUAUCAAAAACUGUCAAUACAAUUAAAGAAGCCGCUAAUUCAGCGAAUAGGACAAAAAUUAAUUAA